GUGGCGAGAGGCGGGUUCCAGAGAUCCCAGCCCCACUUCGUCCCUCUGUGGUUAGGGGCAGAAUUGAUUACAUAGUUGUGACAGAGACCAUGUGUUCUACAAAGCCUAGAAUACUGACUACCUCGACCUUUACAGAAGACCUUGCUGACUCCCGCCUUACAACAGAGCCUCCUGGGGCUCUGCAAAGUGAGGGCACAACAGGAGGCCAAAGCAUGGAGUGCAUCAUCAGAAUGGCGUCAGGAUGGUUCUACCUGUCCUGCCUGGUGCUGGGGUCCCUGGGCUCCAUGUGCAUCCUCUUCACUGUCUACUGGAUGCAGUACUGGCGUGGCGGCUUUGCCUGGAAUGGCAGCAUCUACAUGUUCAACUGGCACCCAGUGCUUAUGGUAGCUGGCAUGGUGGUAUUCUACGGAGGUGCAUCGCUGGUGUACCGUCUGCCCCAGUCAUGGGUGGGGCCGAAGCUGCCCUGGAAACUCCUCCAUGCAGCACUGCACCUGAUGGCCUUCGUCCUCACUGUUGUGGGGCUGGUUGCUGUCUUUACGUUUCACAACCAUGGAAGGAUUGCCAACCUCUACUCCCUGCACAGCUGGCUUGGCAUCACCACCGUCUUCCUCUUUGCCUGCCAGUGGUUCCUGGGCUUUGCUGUCUUCCUCCUGCCCUGGGCCUCCGUGUGGCUGCGCAGCCUCCUAAAACCUAUCCACGUCUUUUUUGGAGCCGCCAUCCUCUCUCUGUCCAUUGCAUCUGUCAUUUCUGGCAUCAAUGAGAAGCUUUUCUUCAGUUUGAAAAACAGCACCAGGCCAUACUCCAGCCUUCCCAGCGAGGCUGUCUUUGCCAACAGCACCGGGAUGCUGGUGGUGGCCUUCGGGCUGCUGGUGCUCUACAUCCUUCUGGCUUCAACUUGGAAGCGCCCCGAGCCAGGGAUCCUGACCGACAGACAGCCCCUGCUGCAUGAUGGGGAGUGAAGCAGCAGGAAGGGGUUCCCAGGAAGUCCUGGUGCUGCAGCCUGUGCUCCUCAGAAGCUCUGCGCUUCCCAGGCUCCCAGCUGGCUUCAGCAGACGACUUUCUUCGAAGUCCCAGACUUCUCGCCUGGGUGCUGAGCCUGCCUUCUCCAGCCACUUGCUGCCUGUCUGCUUUUCUUGGUGGCUUUGGCUUCUGCACUCCUUGGCAUCAGCUUCUGAGGUCCUCUGUUCACACGAGGUCCUCCUUGCCCUGGCCACUCCUGCUGCUCCUGCCUGAAGAAAUCAGACUGAUUUCCGCUUAAGACUCCUGGGGGUGUGGUGAAGAGCUGGGACUCAUGUGCAGUCCACGACAUGAACCAUGAGGGAGGUGAGGUAUCUGUCUGCUUCCCCAACAAAGGCAUGCAUUUCAGUUAGGCCGCCCUGCCAUGGAGCAGGCUUCAUCUGCUCUGCCAUCCAGCCCCAUCUGGUUGUGAGGUGGGGUGGAGACAUCAUGGAGUGAUUGCAGGAGAAGUAGGGAGUGGCGGCCCAUGCAGCUUCCGCUGAGGAGCUGACUGCUGUGAGCUGUUGUAUUUUGUAUUGCUACUCUGAGUCUGCGUGUAUUGUGAAUGUGCGGUUCUACCUCUUCCAGCUGCUGCUACAGCUGAGGCCUGGAUCCCGGCCUUUCCCUGUGACUUACAUGCCUGUCACCAGCAGGCAGCCCUGUGAAUCCUGGUAACCUGCUCUCCCAAGAGCAGAGCCUGUCCCCAGAUGGCUCAAUAGUAAUGAGUAACAGAGGUGGCUGUGGACUUCCUUUACUUCCCCUUGCUGGAUCAGGGCCUUCCUGCCUUCUGCUGGGUAGGGCCCCAGCCCCUCUGAUCACGCUGCAGCACAUCAUGCAACUGAUGCCAAAGUUGUGGGGUCCUAUGUGCAACAGAGCCCUGGGAGCUACUGCUUGCCUUCAGAGGGGUUCCUUGCUGAGACCCACAUUGCUUCACCUGCCCCCAUCAUGGCUGCUUGCCUGUCUCAACCAGAGUUCUGUGCCAUGCUGGAGCUGGAGCUGUUGCUCUUCUUCAGAGGAAACGGGGUGGGGAGAGGGAAGGGUCUUGCUUCUCUUCUAAGUGUUGCUGCUGUGGCUUUUUUGCCUUCUCCAAAGAAGCCCUGCCAGGUCCCAGGCUCUAGACUGCUGUGCUUAGUAGGCAAGUGAGAAGCCUGGGGUCUGGAGUCCACCUACUCUCUAGCAGCAUUAGCAUCCUACUCCUGGCGACAUCAGGCCAACUGUCCACCCCAGCUUCACGUUGCCAGAUGUUGGCAGAAGGGCUAAUACUGAAUGUCCUGAUUGGCUGGAGCCUUCAAAGCCACUGGGAUGUCCUCCGUGCACCUGGGUCCCAUGACCAGCUCCCUGUCUCCACAGGGGUAGGCAUUUCACUAGUUUUUGAAGCUCAAGUUUCAUUAACUAUGUUAAGAAUCAAA